AUGCGCGUCACACGAGUUCUCCGCGCCGUCCCCAAGAACCCCACGGGGUUCAACAUCAGCGAGUUCCGUAGAGCUGCCCGUGUGCCCGAACACGAUCCUUGGACCAAGAACGAGUCCUGGCGUACCACCGGCCAAUUCUCCCGCGCCGAACGCUUCAAGGGCGCUCUUCCUGGCUUUGGCACCGCCUCCGUCGCCUUUGCUAUUUACUGCGUCUACGAGCAUCUCUUUCUCAAGGAUGAGCACCACCACGAUGGUACUGCGUCCGCCGUCACUGCGCACUGA